AUGCAUGUAGGUUAUGAAUUCGGCUAGUUUUAUUAAGAGUCAAAGACAGCUUUUAAACUUAUUUUGAAAGUUUUAAUAAGAGUCAUAUUUAUUCCCGUUAUCCUUUUUGGCUGCUCAAUUUAUACUUCAUUUUCGGCCUACUGUUCCUUGUCUUCCAAUUAACUUUGAAUUUAAACACAACAGUCUAUGGGCACGUUGCAUUAAAACGCUCAAAUUGUUGAAUUGUACACAAAACGUUUGGGCUUAGGACCUAUCUGACUUGAAAAUUUAGAUAACAUUAGAAUGAAGUCCAUUUCCGCUAGAUAUUUGCGAAACAAAGAUGUAUUUUCCAUUGAUACAGAGUAAAGAAUUCGCGUCUGACAGUUAGGCCAUUAAAUGAAAAGGGCCCUAUAAAUACACCCUUUCGAUAAUUAGCCUUUCUCACGCCGCCAUUUUUGGGUGGCUUUUCAGCCGAAGUCUGCGAGAUAAGUUCACAUGACAGCGACUUUUUAUAAUUUUUUGGACGAAAGGUAAAUGGUUAGUGUAUUUUGAAAGUUGCUUUUCACAUUGUUUUAAUUGUCUGCAUUGGUUAACGAGAAUUAGAUGCCACCCAAAAAUGGCAGAUAUUCGUCAUCGUGAGAAAGGCUAAUGCCUCGCUCUCGGCGUAAUCAGAUUACGUGACUGUUACUUCCCACUUUUAAAUACUAUAAAGAGAUUUAAACCGUGCAGAUUUUUAUUUCUAAAUGUUCCAAUAGUGUUGUAACGGGACAACUUUACUAAACGUAGUUUUCUGAGGAAUGCACUUGCAUGCUUUUUGCCAUAUAGUAAAUUGUUAUUAUCACUUAAUGAGUGUUAAUUUUCUUAUAUUCAGGAGUCCUGAUGGUGAUAGUGUUCGUUUUACUGACCGAAUAUACGAGUGCGAGGCAUCGAGCAAAACUCGGAAUUUAUUUGUUUAAUUUCUGGUCGGCUGGAUUGCUUCUUCUGGCUCUUCUGGCUUAUCUUUUACCAAAUUGGAGGGACCUGCUGCUUGCCAGUGCAGCAAUGGGAACACCUUGUCUAUGUUACUGGUGGUAAGUUAAACUAAAUUUGCUAAAAGAGCAAGAAAUUUCCUUAAGUUACCGUAAUAUAUACUUGAAUUUUUAAUCAAAUAUAGCUUAAUUCGAAGUAACUAUAUAGAGUUUAUCAGAAAAAGUACACAGUUGGAAAAAGUUAACUAAAGUCAAAUGCGCGCGACAUUUGCGAAAACGUUCAGUAAGGCUAUGUAUUUUAACGUUCGUUGUCACGCACUAAAAUUAUUUAAAAUGCUAGCGUUUUCCGAGUAGGAAAGCUGUUAUUAAAAUUCCGCCAAAAAAGGCCUUGCUCAAAAAUAUUUUUCAUCGGAAACAAAAUUUAAUCACACAGAAUCAAAUUAUGGACUAUCUUCCACAAGCUAUCAAAGUUUCAAGAAAUUUUGUGACGCUUAGGCCAACGCGAGAUCUUCAAAACCUGGAUUUGCUCUCCUUCUGUUACUUCCAACUAUAUCAUUAAUUGUUCUUCCGGAUGCAGUUAAGUUUGUGUCAUCUGCGAAAAGUCUUGGCUUUGUCCUAUUUAGACAUCCAGAUAAAAUAUUUAUUUAAAUUAGGAAAAUAAAGGACCUAAAAUGGAGCCUUGAGGAACACCAAAUUGAAGUUUGUAUUCAGACGUGUCAACACCAUUUAUACUUGGUAUUUUUGGGUGCAAUCAGUAAGAUAUGAUCCCAACAAUAAAUAUGCCUUAUCCUUCAUACCAUAAAUUUUUAUCUUCUCAAGUAGACUUUGAUUAUCUAUGUGAAAUGCUUUGCUUUUUUAUCUGUAACGACGUUUCACGUUUGUUGUUAAUACUUGGGAAUUUCACAAUCAACGAACUGAAGUAAAUGGUGAAUAAUAUUGUAGUAUACUUGCUUUACCUUUUUUGAUGAUGUUUCCUGAAGAACGUUACGAAUUAAUUAUCUUCAACUGUUCAAGGGCAGUCUGUCGCUCCUUUUGGCUGUCGGUUGCCUUGAAACGAAUUGCCGAAUAACUCGUAUAAGUCUAUAGACUUCGUCCUCAUUUCACCGGCUGGUGAUUUCUUCGGUCUGAAGAAUUUUGAACUCUGUGUGAUGGAAUCAGUUUACAACACUCGGACUGCUCUUUGUUUUUGCACUAUAUUUUUAUUCUUUUGUAAAUAAUCAACUUUAAAAUCGAACUAAUUACAUAGCUAAAUUUAUCAAGACAUAUUAUACAUAAAUGAAAGGCUCCACAAUAUACUAACAAUUCUUCGAGGAUCAAUACUGGUAUUCUAGAUGUAGCCUCUAAUUUUCUUAUGAAUUUAAAUACGUUUUUCGUUUAAACGUUUAGUUCUGACGUCAGUUCUUCCAAAUACACUACCCCCAAAAAGGUCUUUUACUUCACUUCCUGCAUACCAGUCCACGCCAAACUGCUUUUAAUAAUCAACUCAAACAAAUCAAUGCAGUAUAUUUCAACAAUGCAGUGUAUGUACGCCUGUAUGCCUUAAACCAAAAUAACACAUGACAUCCCAAAGACUAUGUAACACUUCAGUAGUUUUGAUUCAAUUUAUAGCCAUUUGCUAAACAAUAACCUAUAUUUUAAUAUAUAGCUGAAUAUUCCGUCGUUUUCGUUGAGUAACUAAUGCAUCAUAUUUACGUUAUUAAAAAAUAUAGAUUUAAUUCCUCUAACUAAACAUAGUUUUCCAAAACGUACCACUGUCAAUGAUAGGCUAUCGACAGUCGCGCGUUAUCUGAAGAAGUGAAGAUCUUCAGGUAAAAGCAUUAGAACGAUAGCCGGAAAACUGCGAAUAUACACCAGCCGAACGUUUAAGGGAAUGCAUGAUUUUAGAAAUACAUUAUCUCAACGAUGUUAAUUAAUUUGAAGGCGAGAGUUGAAAAGAAACCGAGCAAGCAAUACUACAUACAAAAUUACCAUACUUAUGUAAGCACAACACGCGUGUUUAAACGCGUGCUUCUUGUGGUGAAUAUCUCAUUUCAUAUUCACCGGAUAUGAUGCAAACACCGGAGGCUUAUGAAACUGAAAAUUGCGGCGGAGCCAAGUGGUGAGGGGGUUUUGCCCAUGGGGGUGACAUAGAGCAUUUUCAUGAACAGUGCUCGAAUUGCCAAUGUUUGUUCUCAUGAAAUAAAAUGUCGUGAAAAGUGAUUGCAUGCCUGGCAGUGAGCCAUGACUGCCAGGCAUUUUUCUCCGGGAAACGAGAAUUUAUUCGAGGCCGGCAGAACAAAUACUGGGCGGGAAGUAAGAAGUGGAAACGUAAAGUCGAAAAGCUAUGCUUUGCAUUUGACAGUUUUACUGCUGGUACACAUGCAGCUAUUUCAAUUAAGGUUCUCCCCGAGCAAAGCGGAAAAGUCGAAUAUAUACGAGCGCGAAAGGCUGCUGGGAAUCGUUAAAAAAAUCAUUAAUUUUUUAGCGAUUCCCAGCAGCCUUUGGCGCUAGUAUUCGACUUUUCCGCUUUCUUCGGGGUCAACCGUAAUUGAAAAAGCUGUAUAUCCAUGCAUGUAUUUCCUGAAAAAGUCUUUCAAUGUUAAACUUUCUGGCGAGCAAUUAGUUGCAUAAUACUGAGCAUUGAAAGUAUAACUUACGCAGUGAAAAGCGUGUUUUUCAAUUUUCGUGAAAUGGUUAAUUUGUUACAUGUGAUACGUGAAAUUUUUUUCACGUGGAAGGUUCUCCGAAAACCUCCCCCAUUUCCUGACCUCUGGCCCUGUGUAAUCGACUUUAAAUCCAGCAUUGUGAUUAGUAAUCCUCUUCUUCAAGGUUGACACCAGAGUCAAUACGGUGGUUACUAGUGAGAGACAAAUAUGACGAGGCAAUAAAAUACCUGGCAAAAAUUGCGAAGGUCAAUAAGAAAGAAUUGCCUGAUGAAGAAGUCAAAAGACCUGAUGUUGUAGAAGAAGGAAGCUUCCGUCAUCUUUUUUUAAACCUGGAAACAACAAAGAAAAGUUUGAUAGUCUUCGACAUUUGGUAAGUUUAUAUUGCCCAUGGAGAGAUAGGGACAACUGGGGCAGGAAUGCAUGGAUGCCGGAGAGUCGUAAUGAGUAAGACCACUGUAAGUAGCGGAAUAGGUGGGAAAUGCAGAAAUGGAUCUUUUGAAGAAAUUUUCCGUCAACUUUUCCCUUUUAGAAUCUGUUUAUAUGGACGGGUUCUGUCUAGCAAAACGAGUUACUCGGCAACGGCGAGCUAGAUUCUGGUGGCUAUUAUACAAAUUUACUAGUUUUCCCGCGUGACUGUUUAGAUGAUGCAACUGGGCACUUCGCUUUGGUGAGAUUCCGAAAGAAAGAGGCGGAAUCUCGCGUAGGCGAGAUGAAUAUUUUACGUCCAAAUAUUUUGACCGGCAAACUCAGCAACCCGAGAUGAUGUGCAUGCCUAAUUGCAUUUGAAAUACAAUAGCUCAAAAAUACAAAUGAAUCAUUAGAUAAGUUUUCCUGAAUUUCUGAGUACAACGAAUUCUUUUUUGUGUCGUGUGGGAUUCGAAUUCGCAUUUUCUGGCUUCUAGACCGCCGCACUACCAAUUGAUCCACGUUGACUCGAACAGCUUUUGUUUUUUGCAUUUACUCGACAAAUUUAUCUAUAAAUAGAAGAUCUACGACGUUUUGCGAACAUCAAUUAUAAGCGCAGACACCCCACUUAGUGUCAAUCAUAUGUUCCCAUGUGACCAUAAUUCUCCAGUUAGAUACUUCGUUUGUCGGUUUAACGAGUCUUCCAAAAUGCCAAAGCCAUCGAGCAGGCGUUAAUUUUCCAGCCCAAACGCAAAUAAACACCUUGUCGUAGGUAUACUUGAAGCGUACAACAAUUGUCAGUUUGAUUACGCUUUAAACGCAUAUGUUGCAAUGACUAAUGGAAUUGAAUCGCUUGAAGCAUGAUGCAACUGUUAUUUUUCGUUACUCAACAAGUCAUGUUUUAUUUACUCGUUUCUAUUAAUAGCACUAAUGAAGAUCCGGGCUUACGGAUCGAAAGCUAUGCAGUAAUAAAUUUAAGCGGUGUUUCCACAAACAAAAACAAUUAUAUAAGUUAAUCUUGUUCACACAGUAAUUCAAAGAAAACCAAAAUUCAUCUUUUGUCAGCUUCCCCCUGGUAAUGACUCCAUGCAGAGAACCACGUAAAGUAAAGGGAUAAUUUUUCGAUGAUUAAAAAUUGUCCGAUAUAAAUGCAUAGCCACAGAAUAUUUUAUUACCAUAGUCAUGCCAAAUUUUGUCAUGAAUUACCCUUUGUCAUGAAUACAGAAAUUUUGUCAUGAAUAAUUAGUUUGAUUGCAACUGCAAUAUCAAAACAUUCUUAUUUGCACUAUAAAAUAACACAUAUCACCUACUCUGGGGGGGGGGGAAGGGGGGGCAACAAAAACAUUUUCCAGACAUUGUAUUCUUAUUUUCUUCUGGUUAACGUACCAUCAUUCAUAAAAUUUUCUUAUAUUUUUUCGUAAAUUUUACAAACUUUUGGAUCUAAAUAUUAGGUUUUAAUCAGUGUAACUCAUACAUAUUAGUUUCUUUCCUUCUUAUCAAAUUCAAGUAUUGCCGACUACGAAUACAAUUUCCCGACUGCGAUACAGUAGCUUGCCGAAUGCCUGAUGAUUUGGGGGUGUGUGUACCACCCCCACACCCCUUCUAGCAACGCCCUUGAAUGCCAUAAUGCUAGCAUCCUCGAUUAAUUGUUAUUAUUAAAUAUCUCUAACCUUGAAUGUCACUAUUUAGUACAGUAGUUAAUUAUUGGCAGUAAUCAGCAUGCAAGACAAGUACAUUUCCGGCCAUUGAUGAGAAAUAUUUUCCAUAAUUAGAGUAAAAUGACAAAAUAAGGCACACUAAAGAGCAUUGUGGGUUAAUAACCUAAUGAUUAUUAACAACAGAUAGGUAGACAUGUAGAUGGACUGGUUAUAACCCAUUCUAACACCAAGUCCAAUACUUUCACCUUGACAAGAAAAAUUGCUGCGUUGAACAGGUUAAAAUAAGGAAGUAGGGCAAACUGAGGAACAUUGCAGCUUAAUGAGAUAAUUUUAAAACAUGUACAUUACAUGUAAUUCUAAACUUGCUCCAACUCUAUUUUUCCAGACACAAAAUUUGAUUACAAUUCAAUUAUUUAACAAGUGCUGUUGCAUCCUUGACAUAUUAAACUGCUGGCAAACAAUGAAACAUAUUUGGAAAGCUAUGGGGGCAGUUAGAAAAUAUAAUAAGGAUUGGUUUAUAAACUUUUAAUUUCUAGAGGUCUCACAAUUAACACAAUAUAAAAAUGGAAUUCACUAUAUUCGUAUCUCUAAUUAACUGUUUUAAUAAGUCUAAAAUUCUCUUAUUCCUCUGAUUUACAAAUCCUCUGAAAUCUUUAAUAUUAUCAGGGUUUAUAACCGACUUAAUAUUAGAUUUGAGUCUCUUUUCAGGUAUAUUUACAGAAUUUACUAUAUAGCAACAUACAGUACAUUGUCAUUGUUUUGGUCCUUCAAUUGGCCUUACCACGCGCUCUUUCAACCAUUAGAAACAUAAGUGGAGCGUCAAACGGCUAAAUUAUGAUCGAGGAACUACAAAUGUCUCUACAUUUAAAGCUCUUUUACAUUGCCACAGCAGUGAAGGAUAAGAUACAAUUAAUUGUCACAUUUUUCUUCGACAACAGUACCCUUCACGGCUCCUGCCGGCUCUAUACUGACCCUGUCUCACACGUAAUAUUGUGCUAAUUCACUCGCUAAUACACCUCUUGUGUCCCACAAUGAAGAAUAUCAACAUAUUUUUCACCAAAACCCGAAAACAUAAUAAUUUAUAGACGAAACAAUAAAAUAUUUUAAACAAUUUGUUUUGCUUUCAAUAACGCAUGCGCAGUUCGGUCAACAUCUAUUUUUUUGUACGGUUUGGUUCGGAUUAUCUCAAAGCUUUCGUUUCCUUCCCAAGGGUCACAGGCUCCGGGAAAGAGAUUGCAAUUUAAGGUUUCACACAGUCACGCCAUGUCCCGUACGUACAUCACAGCAUCAUUAUACUGUUUUAGGGCAACUGUGGGUUUGGUGUACUAUGGUGUAUCCUAUAGUUCAGUUGAUCUUGGUUGGAAUCCAUAUGUGGCGUUUGCAUUGACUGGUGCUAUUGAAUUUCCUUCAAAUUUUGGUACGGUCUGGGCGGCAGAUAGGUACAUGUGUUAAAUGUUUAUUUUCAUGAAUACUUAAUUAAGUACUUUUUCGGCUUCAACCGCAUCGUGUCGUAGCGUAGAAAAAAAUACGCUAUGCUUCGCUACGACACAGUUGAAGGGGGAACGGCCUUAGCUUAGCAUCAAUUGAUUGAAAGUUUUGUAGUGUAUAGCUAAAUUUGACUGCCUGCUAUAGUAUGGCCACAUUUUAAAACAAACCCAGUGAAACCAAAAUUUUAACCUGAUUUUCUCGCCUUAAUUUGUGGCUGGGGACAAUAAGCCAAGUCGAGAGUUUCAAUUGCGCAUCGAUUUAAAUGAUGCAUUCUGCUUCGGGAUUAUUUGAACUUGAAUCUCUACACGCAACCGAGACUGGAAGAUUAGGGUCUGGCUAUUAGAAAAUUGUGGGGGGGGGGGGCACAGAACAAAAUUGGCGUAUAUGAAAAUGUUAUUACACCGCCCCUCCCUCACUACGUUUCUUAUGAUCCGUUCCUUCAAAUAUACAUCUCAAACAGGGUUUGUAGAUUGGCCUUUUUGAGGCCAAGUAACCAGAUUUUGGCUUUUAUAAUUUUUGUUUGGCCUCCCAAAAGGUUUGAUCAUUUGGCUUCUUUUUGGCCUUUUCACAGUUUACAAGAUUUUGUGAAUUUACUAUUCUGAAAUAAAACAAUGAUUUUUGCAUGUUGAUCCUAUUUUUGCUUCUAUUCAUUGUCACAAAUAACAUGGUUCCAAUUCUAGGCAACAUGAAGUCCAGCCAAUUAAACAGCUGAUAAAGUUCAACCCAUUUGGCUCUGAGCAGGCGCAAGAAUCUACCAACCCUGAAAUCAAAGUAAUAUUUAGGGGCCGGCUGUAUAAAGACGUAGUUAGAGGUAGCUGCAGAUAGCGCUAACUUCCGUAGUUAAAUCUUUAACUGUAGUUAGUUAGUUAGUUAACAUAGCUACCGAAUUGGGGCCGCUACAACUGCAGCUUCAGCUAAUUUGCCUGCAUGGCUCAUUAAAACUCUAGGACGAUGGUCUUCCGAUUGCUAGGAACAAUACAUUCGUAUUCCAUCCUUUAUCCUGUCAAAGGUAUCUGCCACCAUGACUGCAUCAUUUAAUUAAAAAAAAAAGAAAAAAAAGGGGAAGGGCGUUUUCGUCUAUGGAGAACACUCUAUCGUGUGUUUUGGGGGAAGAAGUAUUCCAAUAUGUCAACUUCAUUUCCCAUAGACUCUAGUAACGUCACAUAUAAAUAUAUAUUUCAAAUAAUAGGGACUGUCUACGCGGUUCUGUGGACCUUAGACAGGUUAGGGACUGCCCAAGCGGGCAGGUUAUGGACUGUCCAAGUGUGCUCUUGGUCAGAUACGUCAGGGGGUCGCUACUCCUGACUAGCAUUAUCAGUUCAGUACAGUAUUAGGUAUGUGACGAUGAGGAGGGAUGUCGUUUGGCAUAAACACUGAGUACUUCCCCCCAAAACACCCCUUCUCCCACAAAACCAAAACGUGUGUUUUUAUUGUGUUAAUUAUAGUUUAUAUUCAAUGAUUCAUGCAAUCUUUGGAUCAUUAAUGCCAAUGUAAAAUGUUUAAAUUCAGUUAAUGAGACAACAUGUUGAAAGCAAGUGUUUUGCAAGCUUAUCCUCAUUGACACAUGCAUGACAAUGGUACAAGUCGACAUUUCCGUGUGUUGUUGGUGGGUCAAAGGUUAUUUUCUUGAAGCAGCACUGUGUUGACGUGAAUAUUAAUAAGAAACGCUUUUAGCCAAUGAAAAGCUUUUACGUAUCCCAACUAAAACCAACAGCCAAUCGCAAAGCAAGUAGGAGCAUAAGUUACGCAUCACGCGUAAUUUUUUGGCAUUAUUUGCUUAAAGCUUUUGAAGGACUUACAUUAGAGCUCCAUGUUACAAAGUUUAAAUCCCACCCACCCCAUCUUACUUGCACUUUGGUUACUGCGUUUGCUUCCAACACUUUGUCCACAUUGUUGUUGGUAAAAGGAUCUCAUUAUAAUUAGUAUAUUAUAAGGAAACAAUGGCUUCCUGCUGUAAAACUUUCCAAAAUGAAACGUGGUUAAAUUCAAACGAAACGUGGUUAAAUUCAAACGUUGUUUCCAAUCUUGUUUGUCCUGUUGGCUUUACAAUAAUUAGGAAAGAUCGUAAUGACUCGAGAGUGGGCGGUGGUGUUGCUAUAUUUUGUAGAAAUGAUUGGAAGUUUAAGAUUUAUGACUCUGGGACUGAUUUCGAAUGCUUGGUGUAGCGUUUCUGCAGAAAAUUUAGAAUAUUACAUUGCUGCUGUUUAUAAUCCACCUGAUCCUGCUUACAAUGAAACUGAUUUAAUUGACUGUUUGGUAGAUACAUGUGAAAGGAUUAUGUCUUCAGAUCCAAAUUCGAGAAUUAUAAUUGGUGGUGACAUAAAUAAACUUAAUGUAACUGAACUUAUGACUCAUCAUUCAUUGCAACAAAUGGUAAAAUCACCAACAAGAGGCGAACGAAUUUUAGAUGUAUUUCUUACCAAUUACCCUUUAUUAUGGAGAAAACCUAUUGUGUCCAACAGUUUGGUUCGUUCUGAUCAUCGAGGUGUACUUAUUCCACCUCGUAUUACUACUAAGCCUGUGAGGAAAAAUGUGAUCUUUCGGGACGUGCGCGAGCACAGAAAGGUGCAAAUGGACAAGAAGUUACAAGACUUGGAAUGGGAUAUGUCUUUUGAUUGUCAAAAUCCAUCUGAAAAUGUUCAAAAGCUUAAUGACAUUUUAUUUAAUAUGUUUGAUGAGUGCUUUCCUUUGAUCUCAAUCAAAAUGUCGUCACGUGACCCCCCUUACAUAACUCCGCUAGUCAAACAUCUAUGCAAAAAAAGGAAUAAGAAUAUAGAUAAUGACAGUCAUGAAAAUGCUAUUCUUCAAGAACGAAUUAACAAACUUAUUCGUACAAAUCAAUUAAAUGCCGUCCGUUGCGAGAAUAGGAAAUAUAAGAAAGGAUCUAAAACAUGGUGGGAUACAGCUAACAGGAUAUCAGGUAGAAAUAAACAAGACAUUCAAAUCAGUGCUAUUGUCAAUGCAGAAGUGAUUAAUGACUAUUUUAAAGAGAUCAAUACUGAUCCUAAUUAUAUUACUCCUGAACGUUUACAAAUUCCUGAUACAGUUGAGGAAUUGACUGAUACAGUUGAGGGAUUGAAUUCCUGAUACAGUUGAGGGAUUGAAUUGAGAUCGACUUAGUAAAACAUGUACUGUCACGUCUAAAAUGCACAUCAUUUGGCCCCGAUUGUUUGCCAUUUUUGUUUUGGAGAGACUAUGCCAACUAUUUAGCUCCUGUUGUUACCCAUAUCUUUAACACCUCCAUAAGAGAGCAGAUAGUCCCAUCUCUAUGGAAGUUAGCGAAUGUCGUUCCUAUUCCUAAAGAGUCUCCUCUUGAGGAAGUGAAAUAGCUCAGGCCUAUAUCAUUAACAAACAUUAUAAUGAGAGUAUUCGAAAGAGUUGUCUUCAAGCAAGAAUUAUCUGUUCCCUUGAGCUUGGAAAUAGGAGCUGACCAAUUUGCCUACAAACGGGAUCAAAAUUGCACUAUGGCAUUAAUUAAGUGCUACCACAAUUGGUUAGAGUGGCUGAAUGGCGAUGCUGAUUUUGUUCGGGUCUUUACCUUUGAUUUUAAAAAGGCCUUUGAUUAUGUCUCACAUUACAUUUUAUCUGAGAAACUUAAAGCACUGAAAGUAAAUCCCUACAUCAUCAAUUGGAUUAUCGAUUUUCUUUCAGAUAGAAGACAAAGAGUUACGGUGGAUGGGAUAACUACAGAAUACGUAAAUAUUAACAGAGGUGUUCCACAAGGAUCAGUUCUUGGUCUUGUGCUAUUCAGUGUAAUGGUUAAUGAUAUUGGUACUAUUUAUGAGGAGAAGAGUUUGAUAACUAAGUUCGCAGAUGACUUGACUCUGAGUGUCCCGGUUAAAGCAAAUGGGUUCGAUCCUUCAUCUGAUGAGAUUGCUAAUAUUCAGAAAUGGUCGUUUGAAAACAGCAUGUCCUUAAACUUAGAAAAAACCUGGGAAAUGGUAGUACGAGGGAAAACCAACAAAUCCCUUUCUUUACCGAUAUCAGGAAUUGAAAGAAAGAAUGAAUUAUACUGUUUGGUGUAACUUUGAAUGAAAAUCCAUGCAACUGGGACACACACAUAGACUCCUUGCUUCAAAAAGCUGGUUCACGUAUGUACAUUCUGAGAGUCUGCAAAUUUUAUGGUUUCCCAAUGAAAGAUCUAGAAAUGCUAUUCAACAGUCUUGUAGUUUCAUUUUUCUUCUACGCUAUUGAAGUGUGGUGGAGCAUUUCAAAGUAAAUAUCUAAGUCGAAUAGAUAAUUUUUUUAAACGAGCAGUACGCUAUGGAUAGACGACAAAAGCCUUGACUAUUAAUGACAUAAUUAACGAUAGUGACAUGAAAUUAUGGAAAUCUAUCACAGAUAAUUCGAACUAUUGCCUAUAUGACUUGCUUCCACCAGAAAGAACAAGGCAAUUGCGAAACCGUGGACAUAAUUACAUUUUACCACGUAUACGCACUGAGCGUUUUAAGAGUAGUUUUAUAAACAGGUGUCUUUUUAAAUUUAUUUAAAAUUGUAUCAUAUGUAUAUACUAUAUAAGAGUCGGUCAAUGUUGUAAACUCGCACGUUUUGUUGCGCAGUAUGACUUUAAAUAAAGACUUCUAUCUAUCUAUCUAUCUAUCUAUCUAUCUAUCUAUCUAUCUAUCUAUCUAUCUAUCUAUCUAUCUAUCUAUCUAUCUAUCUAUAAAAUCUGUAAAAGUGCCUAUGCACACAAGUUUUUAUAAUAUGGUAAAUAAAUUUUUUAAAAAAAAUGUUAUUGUUAUGGUUGGUCCUCGCUGGUAAUAAAAGCUUUCCAAAGUGAAAGACUAUCAGAGGUGCAAAAGUGCCUAUGGACACAAGUUUUACAAUAUGGUAAAUAAUAUAAAUUGUUAUGGUUCCUUUACUGGUAAUAAAUAAAUAAACAUUGGGUUCCGGGGAAGAAGUAUUCCAAUAUGUCAACUUCAUUUCCCAUAGACUCUAGUUACGUCACAUAUAAAUAUAUAUUUCAAACAAUAGGGACUGUCUAAGCGGUCCUGUGGACCUUAGACAGGUUAGGGACUGCCCAAGCGGGCAGGUUAGGGACUGUCCAAGUGUUCUCUUGGUCAGAUACGUCAGGGGGUCGCUACUCCUGACUAGCAUUAUCAGUUCAGUACAGUAUUAGGUAUGUGACGAUGAGGAGGGAUGUCGUUUGGCAUAAACACUGAGUACUUCCCACCAAAACACCCCUUCUCCCACAAAACCAAAACGUGUGUUUUUAUUGUGUUAAUUAUAGUUUAUAUUCAAUGAUUCAAUCUUUGGAUCAUUAACUGCAUGACUUAACUAACUGCAUUGUACAAAACGCAGUUAGUAGGAUAGUUGAAUAAUCCCGUUUAUUUAACACAAAAUUACAUAAAAUAAGGAUGAUUACGACCGCUGACGGCAGUUUUAACACAAUUAUCAUAUAUACACGUAUUUUGCAAACGGGGGGAAUUUGAUUCAAAAUAGUGAAAAAUAAACAAGAAAACAACGCGCAAAUCACUAGGCGGUUUUUCGGUGAGGUAUCUGCGUUCAUCCAAAGUGUAGCUGUUUAAUUUUGAAUUGUAUAUCAGUGUUUCUUCGUAAUGGGUCCUACUUUGUCUUCGACAAAUCUUCCUUAUAAAUAUUAUAUUCUGUUUUCACAAAAAAGCAAUAUUGGUUGAAGAGUUUUUUAUUGUCAGAAAACAUUCACAGGGAAGAUGACGAUUGAAAAUGCUGGUGGGCGUUGCUUUCCUUUAUUGUUUUAUUGAAAAAUGUUGCCAGUUUACUAUACAACCCUUUCGAGAAGCUAAAAGAAAUUAUAAAAAAUAGAGUGGGCAUUGUGGGCAAAAUCGAGGGACAAAUUAAAGCUUCCUAAUAGGGGCAAAUAUUGCUCUAUGACUGGCUAAAGUCUCGUUGGCCGGAUGUAAAUUCUAAUUCCCAGAUACUAAGUCGCGAUGCUAAAAAGGAACGAGAAGUUACGAACAAAUACAACUUCGAAAACGUUGAUUUUUUCCAAGUCCAAGAAAGCACAAAAAGCUCAAAGUCAAAAAGAAUAUCUGAACUACGGUAUACAAAUGUUUUAAAGGGCUUUUUAGAUAUUGAAGGAUGAUGUUUUUUGUGACUUCUGCACGUCCAAAUUUUUAUCAUUUUCUUCGAUAUAAAAUGGAGACUCCUCAAUUUUUCGUUAAUAAUUAAUGUAAAACAGUCACGACUGUUUAUGAAACUAGAAUUGAUCACUUGAAUUCUAGCCAAAUGUAAAAAAAAGUUUAUUACCUCCCAUUAUAGCAAGCUUCAAUUUGUUCCCUUCGUUUGUCUGAAAUUUUGCUGCAAUGUCCACACAAUUCUUUUUAGUAUACACUCAAACAAGGACUAUUACAAAUCCAGCAUUCUGAUUGGCUACUCAACCAUGAACCAUGCAUUAUGUGGCGGGCCAUGAUUGAGAAAAAAGAUGGCGGAAAAUUUUGGUUUGCAAAGUAUUAUAUAUAUUUUCUUAUUUUUUUAUAUUUGCAAAGUAUCAUAAAAAAGAAAAAUAUGACCUGAAGACGUUUAGUGGUAGAAAGCAAAAUUUAAACCGUAUUUUAAUAAUAAAUCUGGAGUUAUCUCCCACAAAAUGUGAUACGAAGACAGGCGAAAUUGCGGAGCACAUUCUUUGUGCACAUUACAAUUAAGCAAAACCUGUGAUAUUUCAGCGGCUUGCAUUUAUUCAAACAAUUCUGGUGCUUUAAUUUUUUUUGUCUUAAAAUUAUACGGCAAAGUAUAGUUAAGAUUCACUUACAUCCUAUAUAAUUGCCGUACUAUGUGAUCAUCAGACUCGUGGAUAUAGGACUAAGUAUUUAAGCUGUAGUGUAAAUUAUUUUUCAGUUUCUUGUUUUUAUGGUUGUUCUCGAGAUAUUUCAAUUUGUUUGAUAUGUAAAUGAGUGUGAAUAUGUCCGCUAAUUUAUGAUGUCACGUUGGUUGCAAGCUCAACUUACACUGGUUAUAAAUCUAUUAACUCUAAAAACUGUAGAUAUCUGUUCCCAUUUUUCUACAGUGUUUCAUCACAUUUGCCAGUGAGUGAAUUUUGAAAUUAUCAUCUUGGAUGAUAGCAGUGAUAUUCAACCAUUUUGAAGAGCUUGCAACCAACAUGACGUCAUAAAUCAGCGGACAUAUUCACACUUAUCACAUAUCAAACAAAAUGAAAUAUCUCGGGAACAAACAAUAAAAACAAGAAACUGAAAAGUAAGUUACACUACAGCUUAAAAAGUUCUUUCAUUUAAGAAUUUUCAUGUCAUAUGCACUUUAAUUACUUCAUAUUUCUUUGUGUGAUGUUACUCUGAGUGUAUAUCCACACCAGGCAGGCUUGAAAAAUAUGCCUGGCCACGGCGGGAUUCGAACCUACGACCUUUGGAAUACUAGCCCAAUGCUCUUCCAACUGAGCUACGCGGUCAGGACGGUUCGAGUAUGCGAUAUUUCGGAACUGAGUCUAGUUCCUUCGAUAUCAGUGUAAUCUAAUAAUCAUGUAAUCUGCUGUGUUGGUGUAAUGUGCUCAGGUGAAUAAGAUGUUUGUGUGAUGUUACUCUGAGUGUAUAUCCACACCGGGCAGGCUUGAAAAAUAUGCCUGGCCACGGCGGGAUUCGAACCUACGACCUUUGGAAUACUAGCCCAAUGCUCUUCCAACUGAGCUACGCGGUCAGGACGGUUCUACCUGAGUACAUUACACCAAUACAGCAGAUUACAUGAUUAUUAGAUUACACUGAUAUCGAAGGAACUAGAUUCAGUUCCGAAAUAUCGCAUACUCGAACCGUCCUGACCGCGUAGCUCAGUUGGAAGAGCAUUGGGCUAGUAUUCCAAAGGUCGUAGGUUCGAAUCCCGCCGUGGCCAGGCAUAUUUUUCAAGCCUGCCCGGUGUGGAUACACACUCAGAGUAACAUCACACAAACAUCUUAUUCACCUGAGUACAUUACACCAACACAUCAGAUUACAUGAUUAUUAGAUUACACUGAUAUCGAAGGAACUAGGCUCAGUUCCGAAAUAUCGCAUACUCGAACCGUCCUGACCGCGUAGCUGAGUUGGAAGAGCAUUGGGCUAGUAUUCCAAAGGUCGUAGGUUCGAAUCCCGCCGUGGCCAGGCAUAUUUUUCAAGCCUUCCCGAUGUGGAUAUACACUCAGAGUAACAUCACACAAACAUCUUAUUCACCUGAGUACAUUACACCAACACAGCAGAUUACUUCAUAUUUAUUAUACGUAAACAAACAACGAAGAUUAAUUUUACAUAAUUGAUCGCGGCAGAACACCCAGAAAUUCUGAAUGUUAUGUGACUACUUUCAGACCACAAUUCUUGAUAUCACCAUUCAUGAUCCAUUAUUAUAUGCAUAAUAAUUAUUAAAGCAAGGUUAUUAAUUCAUUUUCGUAUUACAUCUAGGUAUGGUCGAAAGAAGACAACAGCACUUAAUUUAAUUUGUGCUUGUGUUGCCGCAGUUGCUGUUGUCAUGAUUCCUUCUGACCAAAGUAAAAAAGGUAUACAUUCAAUGGUGCGAGUAACUUCGUUACAGAGGCGUAGGAAACAUGAUAUUGAAAAGGGCCCUUUUUUGUGAUGAAAGUGACCUUUUUAUACAAGCUAAUGUCUCUGUAAAUACUAAAUUAACAUCAAUUCGUUUGGAAAUUUCGAUGUUUUUAAGAAAUAUUUUGGUCUAAAACGUGCAAUUUCGGACCCUCGCCCGUCGUCAACAUUUCCAGGAAAAAAUUUUUCGGUGCACUUUUGGUCCUUUGAAAAAAUUUGGGAGGUGGUACGUGGCCCCUGCACUUCGAAAAGCAAAACUUUUUUUGAUAAAACCAGGGGUACAGAAUAGAUACCAGACCAGAAGGGACACUCCUAUGUGUUUUGGCCCAAGGAAAACGUCCGAAAUUUUUUACGUGCUAUGACGCCAUCCUGGAGUGCACACGGCACUUAACUUUGUACCUAUGUUUGUCCUAUGAAAAACUUCCGUGUGCACUCCAGGAUGGCCGGCGUCAUAUGAUGGCGUAUUUUCACGUCAGCACUCGUAAAAUUUCGGACAAAAUAUCGUCUGAGUGACACUUCUGGUCCUGUAUCUAUUUUGUGCCAGGGGAGGGGGGUAAAAUUGUAGCGGGCUCAGAAUUGAGCCUGGUCAGCGGUAAUUCCAUGAGCCGGAGGAACCAGUUGUUAUGGAAAUGGCAUCAUAUGGCGCAAAAAUCCGCCAUGUUUUUGCGGGCACUUUUUUUACCGAGCACUUCAUCCAGUAAUAUUAUAGGCCAGUGACCCACACACGCACCAUUGAACUAUGAGUAACUGGAAGGCUAAGUCAGGGGGGCGGGGAGUUGAAGCCGUGCUUGAAGCUUUUUUUGCAGGUAGACCCAGUCCUUUUCAAUUUUUUUUUUCAAAAUAUGCACAUUUUUUGAUCAUGCAGAAAAAUCUUGCCCCAAAAUAUUAGAUAUAUCACCAAAUUUAAUUUAUAUCAGUGAUAUGAUAAACGAAUUUAAUAUUCGCAAGGCGAACAAAUCACGAAUUAACAAAAAAAUACGAAAAAACACGACCAUAAGCAUGAACGGUCAGAAAAACCGCACGUUUUAGGUAUAGAAAUAUUAGACCUAGAAUGCAUGCUUGGUCACGUGACCGGUAUCCAAAUUGAAAACAAAAAUGCCCUUAUAAAUCCGCCAUGUUGAAUUUGAGCAGGAGUGCAAACUACUGUAAAGUAUAAACAAAGCUAAACCUAAGUUUUCAUCGUCAAAACGUUUUGUCUUGCUGUCUAAUUUGUAGUUUGGGGAUAGAUUUAAAUUGAAAUUGAAACAUUAAGUCAUUUAAAGGCUCAAAGCAAAUAUGCAGUUACUGACAAAAACGGUAAAAAUCGUGAAGCCUUGAAUUAGUUGCAAAAACAAAGUAGUUUGGUGUAUUAAAAUAUAAUUUACUCAUAAACAUUUUUACCUGCUCUGAACGUAUCUGCUUUGCUAAUAUUUUAUUAAAUUACGAAAUGAUAGUUCAUUGUUCGUCGGGUUUCAUUUUUCCUAAAUCUAAACGAAGUGUUUUCAUGUUUUUGAAACAAAAAUAUUAGUUGUCGAUAAACUGUAUAUCGCCGCCUAAAUAAUCGUUGAAAACUAUGGUUUAAAAGCGUUGCUUCAAGCUCAAGGCAACGUAUAAAAAUAUAAAAAGUAGUUGUGUAAGUUUAAAAGAUUCCUAAACUCCAUUUAUAUUAUAAAACCGAGCUGAAAUAUUUUUAGACCAUACCUAUUAAGUUUGAGUUUGUCUUGAAUUUUCGUGUUUUGACAUUUGUUUUCGCUUGCACAACAACGUUGAAAAUGUAUUUUCAAACGCGACGAUUUCUGUGUAUAUUCUGUUCAGAACUAUUGCUUUUCGUAAAAAAAACCCACGAGAAUAAAGGAAUACCGAAUGGUUUUCCGUGCAGGAUUGCGUGAUCCAUGCACGAGGGAUGUCGCGAGACUUUCGGAAAGCGUAAAAAUACUCGAGCCGCAGGCGAGUGUAUUUUUACGCUUUCCGAAAGUCGAGCAACAUCCCAUGUGCAUGGAUCACGCUAUCCUGCUUGGAAAACCAUUUGGUAAUUGUUUCAUAAAAUAACUACAGUGAAACAAUAACAUUUUGAGAAUCCCGCGAAAAUCCCGCGAAGGCAUUUUAAUUCCUCGUGCAGGAUAGCCUUAUCCUGCACGGCUAUUGACCAAUCAAAUUGCGUGUUUCACUGUAGUUAUUAUAUAAUGGGUUUUUCUCCUUUAAAAAUUCUUUUUUCCACUUCCAGUCUCGAUAUAAUUGUUUUUGCAAACUUAAUGGUUGAAAAUAAACAAUUCGCACUCCUGCAACUGCGCGAAUUUCCGUGCCGCAGGAGUCUGGGACUAGCCAAAAUGCCCAUAUAAAUCCGCCAUUUAGUGGAGACAAAAUUUUACUGAGAAGAGACAGGAGCACGCAUUCUAUGUCUAUUAUUUCUAUGGUUUUAGGCUGCUUUUUCUGAGUUUUUGAAAGUUUAAGUUAAAACUACGACAUACCUCAGGAAUUAUUUAAACCCAUGCAAAUACAUCUGUAUGCGAAGUUUCAAGAAGAUUGAACGUUUUAAGGUUGGAAAAAAAAUAAUUUAAAAAUUGACAAAAUUAUUGGGGUCUCUGUAAAGAACGGAAACUGAAACGACCGAAUCCGGAAACGACCGAAACUGGAAACGACUGAAACUGGAAAUUCCCGCCUAAUUUCCUGCAUAAAAUGUCCUAAAAUUUAGCCUGCUAGCAGGCUCACCGGUAGAAAGGUGAGCCUGCACUGAACCAUGCGUUUUAUUCAUUCAUCCCUUAUAAUAAACAAAGACUGUCAACUAUCAAAUUGACGCAGGGCGUGAAAUGUACAACGACGAAAUGUAUAAAACAAGUGUGUAAACUCCAAAGACCGAUAACAUUUUCAUAUUUAUCAAUGUUUCGACUAUAUUUCAAUCAUCAGGAUAAAGAAAUGUAUAUAACUGUAUAACAAUAACACGAAGCAUUAGCAAGACACACAAUAUAUUAAAUAUAGGCUGCAGAUAAUACAUUACGAGUUAUUAAAUCAAUACACAUACAAAUUAAAAGUCGAAUAAAAUACUACCAUUGAAUGCAAUAAUACUUGUACUACUUGUGAUUGAAAGAACAAUGUUCUGAAUAUUUGAAGCUAUUAAAAUGCAGUCAGAUGAAUCGGGAUUUGGAAUACGUCUAAAUGAGCAUGUAUUUAAUUUUUUCAAAAUCAAGAGCGUGCCAUUUUAGUGGAAGCCGUAUCGUAUGUCAAAUGAGAAUGUGAAUGCAAUAUCGUUUUUAUUAAAUUAAACAAAACCGGCAUGAAUUGGCAUUGUUCAGAAAGUUAAUAAGAUGCAGUAAGAUUAUUAAAUAAUUUUAAUUUUCAAAAUUGUCAACAGUUAAAUAGUACACAACCUUACUAACGGACGAUAUUUAUCUAAAUGUUAUGCCAGCGUCGAGCAUGCAUCAACAAAUACAACAAUAUAAUUAUUCGUUAUGCGGGAUAUUUAGGCGGGAAUUUCUGGUUUCGGUCGUUUCCGGUUUCGGUCGUUUCCGGAUUUGGUCGUUUCGGUUUCCGUUCUUUACAGAGACCUAAAAUAUUGCCAUAUUCAAAGUGCUCAUAGUGGCCAACAAGAAGAGCGAUGACGAAAAUAACAUCACUUGAAAAACGCUAAAACAAAGACUAAAAGCUCAUGCAGGGUCAAUAACAAUACCUGGGGUUUAGUACAACAUAAGUUUUGGGACUGUCAAAAUGUUUUAUAGUAUUUUUUUUGAGUUGAAGAGCGAGGUUUCCUUCGGCACGUCCAAACUUUCGUCAUUUUUUAAAAAUACAAAGCAAAACUCCUCACUUUUUGCUGUAGAGAGAUGUAAAACAGUCGAAACUAAUCGGAAAACCUGGUUUGAAUCUCAAUUAUUGUAGUAUUCCCAUGGAAAAAGUGUUUUUCUUGCAAAUUUUUGCUCGAAAACAAACUAGUCCGUUUGCUGUGACCUCGAAAAGUGCCGCCAGAAAACGAUUUUCAUUAAGCAUGUCUUGGAACUGAAAUAUUUUUAUGGGAACUAACACUUUCGAACACGCUGAGUUCAAAUCCGAAAACUUCCCGGACCGUAGACACACAGUUUUCUCACAAACUGCUAUUUUAUCUUCGCUAAUUUCACAACAAAUUUUUUCAUUGUUCAACGACACGGAUGGAUGAAGACACACGACUGCAUAACUCAAAAUGACUAAUUCCUAUGAACCAGUCUCUACAUUCAACAAAAGACCGGUUUUGCUCGAAUUAUUUAAGUUAUGUAAUUUUAAGCGUGUUGGACGUAAACAACAUAUAUUGUCUACAACUUUGGGAAGGUAUCGAUAUCGCUUUGUAAAAUCCUCAGUUCUGACUGUAUCUCUAUAAAAUCACAAGGACGUCAAUGUUAAGUCGUUGGGCUAUAUCUCUGGGAUGAGAAAUAAUUCCUUACAUGCGAUCAAAAUGUUUUAUACAACGAUGUAAAACGGUAAUCUUAUGGAAUUGGUCACCAUUUCCAACACAGUUUCUGAGAUGUAAUUCAAGAGGUAACUUAUCAUUUAUUCUGUGCGAUAAGCGAAUAUUAUUGGAAAGAGGGCUGCUAUAUACGUUGAAAUCACCAAAUAAACAGCUUAUGCACACAUUUCUCCACUUCGUCGUAAGUUUACAGAGCAAAUUUUAUGCCUUAGCACUGGUCUUUGUCUUUGAUAUGAACAUUUAUUCCCUUAGUUUAAGGUUAUUUAAGAUUCAUCCUGUCGUAAAUCUUCUACCAGCAACCAACCGACAAUAUUCCACUUUUGCACUGUCUUUGCCGUUACGUUGGCUUCACAUUACUUUUGUUUCAAAUUCCUUGAUCGCGUUAAAUUAGUUAUUUUUCAGGCCAGUGAUAUAGCGAAAAGACUUAGCAUUAACGUCCUUGUGAUUUUACAGAGAUAUCACUAGAACUGAGGAUUUUAGAAGGCGUUAUCUGUACCUUAAAAAAACUCAUUAAUAAUUCGUGAAGAAAACACAAAGAAAAAUCGUAAGCGUGUCGUCGUAUCUGCAUAUGUGAUACAGAUUCAUGUUGAUUUACAUUAACUUUAACUUUGAUUUUCUCGGCUUAGACAACGUUUAUUUUUAAAAUUACUUCGCCAAUGAACUCAUAAGAACUCAUAUCCGAUACAACACGGCCGCUCAUGUUGUAAAUAGUACUUCUCAACGUUGUAGACAAGAUAGGCAAGAUAUGUUGUUUACGUGCAACACGCAUACGAUUACAUAACUCAAAAUAAUCGGGCAAAACCGCUCUUUGUUAAAAGGAAGACUGGUUAAUAGAAAUUGGUCGAUUUGAGUGAUAUAAUCGUGUGGCGUCGUCGAUCCGUGUCGUUGAACAAUGAAAACAUUUGUUGUGAAAUUAGCGAAGAUAAAAGAGCAUUUUGCAAUUGUGAGAAAACUGCGGCUUUACCGCGCGGAAAGUUUUCGGAUUCGAACUCAGCGUGCUUGAAAGUGUUAGUUCCCGUAAAAAUAUUUCAGUUCCAAGACAUGCUUAAUGAAAGUGAACGAUACAAGGACGCAGCAAACGGCCUAAACUUUUGACCGAUUUCUUUUCACUCCUCGAAACUCUCCUUAGUCUUUUUGAAAGCUGAUUUUCCCGCGCGCCGACCCCAACGAAUCAUUGACUUUCAUCAUAGGAGUUAGCCUUCCAGUUAUUUAUUGUUCAAUGACACGCACCCACAACUCGAUAGCAUAGUGUCUAGCCUUACGCGCAGAUACAAAAACGAAACCCGACGAAGUAAGAACUAUCAUUUUGUAAUCUUAUGAGAUAUUAGCAAAACAAUUACGUUCUAACCCAAAAAAUAUGAGGUACAACAAUUAAAAAGUAUGAAUUACAGGUGAAAUGGACGUAAUAUUGAAAUAUACGUGAAAUUUUCUGGAAUAUUGUGUAAAAAAUUAGGUUAACUCUCAAAAUGUUUUUGCCCUUGUUUUGGUGAAUUAAGGUUCCGGAGAAAUUAUUUGCCCUUGUUUUGGUGAAUUAAAGUUCCGGAAAAAUAUUUCGGAAACGAAAUAUUAAUUACUGAUUGCCCUUACGUCAACAUUGCCCCACUGUGCCCUACCCUCGCUCCGGUGUCCCUGGGGGACAUCCAUCCAUAACAACUGUAUCUAAGAUUUUUCUACAUAUAUUGUAUAAAAUUGUCUCUGAACUUUUUCUGGAAAGUCUAAAAACUCAGAAAAACCAUAAAUUUUCGCGCGGUUUUUUGCCGAGUUUCGUUUUGGUCGUGUCAUAUAUUUUGGCAGUUAAACAUUAUUUUCAUAUUUUAUGUGCCUUAGAUAAAAGUUGUGUUGUCUAAGUGUGCUCUAGGAUAAAAAUAAAUGCCUUGAAAGAAGUAUAAAAGUAAGAAAAUAUUAACGAUUUUUAAGCUGUCUUUUUCGCAUCCAUUUUGUAAAGAAGGACUGGCGCUACCUGCAGAAAACACUCAUGGCCGGCUUCAAAGAUGGCGGCCAACUUGUCGUUCCAGUUUACUUAUAGUUCAAUGGUUUGCACUCCUGGCCAAAAUUCAAAAUGGCGCAUUCAAAAGGGCACGCACGGUGAAAAUGUGGAGACAGGAUUCGUCAUCAGCGCGCAUUCUAUGUCUAUUAUUCCUAUGGUAGAAACGUACACAAAAAACUGUCUAUUAAAGCAGUUUUGAUUUUCCAAAUACUUCCUGAGCUGCAACCUGUUAAAAAAUUCGAUUUGAAGCUAGUGCCAGUCUUUGUACUAAAUCUAUUUUGUGCGAUUUCAAAACUGAUUAACUAAAAAACAACUUGGCAAAUAAAAUCUGCUUUAAUGUUCUAUAGACAGUUUUUAGUGAAUUUUCCAACCAUACAACUUAUUUUUUCUGUGAGCUAACUUGAGAUUUUAACACUUUCUACCGGUAAUAGAAAUAUAUAUUCAAAUACCAGAAAUUCAAAAUUUUUAGCUAUCAGCGUUGAUUAAUUUCACAGAUGCCUCCAUAUCUGAUAUUCAUACUUGUGUCAAAGACUACACGUGCUGUCAAUAUGGUGCUUUCUUCGCUAACUGCAUAAUGAACCUUACUGAUCAUUCUCCUUUACCCAAUGGCCUCGUUUCCAUGUUAACUUAUUUUAGCAUGUCAGGGGCAGAUGAAUAUUAUAUUCCCAUGUUUUCCAAGACGAAUUUGUUUCUUCCUGUUCUUAGGCUCAAUAACAAAGUAAUUUUUAACACCACUAAGCACAAAACAUGAGUAAGUAUUUGACAUGAAAACGAGGCCAUUGGGUGAAAGAGAAUAAUUGGUAAAUGUCUAUUAUUGCAAAAUUAUGCGCCCCACUAAAACAGACGAUCGCGAGGUUAUACUCGUUCCAGUACCACAGCGUGAUAGGAACAUAUAUUUCUUUCUUCAGCAUCAGUGAAUACAAUCUUUCGAAUUAUAAUGGCAGUAUUUGCAAAGUUCUUUAUCACCAACGCUUACGCGUCUUCGUAUGUAUGGGCGGCAGAGUUGUUCCCAACAUUCAUAAGGUUAGUAAUAUUAGUGAAAGUAAAAAUUUAGACGUUAUGCAAAAAUAAUCUCAGAAUAUUGAAAUGACGGGGGUAUCUCAUUCCCUGUUUUUGUGUUGUCUCAUACUAAAUGACUUCUUUGUGAUUUCACUAUCAGGAGUAUGGCGUUAAGCUUUGGCUCAGUGGCGACAAUAGUGGGCUCAAUUUGUGCAAGUUAUGUAAUUUGGUUGGUUAGUAUAUAAUGUCAUUCUACUUUGAUACUUGAAAUACUAACAUUUAAAUUAGAAUAAUUCGACAUGAACAUUGUUUUUUGAAACAUGCUCUUGUUUUAGCUAUAUUAUAAAUAACUCAUUGACUGAGCUUGUUCGCUCCGGACAUUAGGAAAUUAAUCUCGUUCUUUUUUCCUUCGUAUUUCGGCCUCGGUCCAUGUAUACGUUAUUCCCUGGUGCAUAGUCUGCAGGAAAUUUUUAACUUCAGACUUUGUUCUCAGGAAGAAAAUUAUUUUCCAGCCCUGUUUGAUCAUUUUGGUGUAUCCAAUAAGGUAUCAUUCAUUAUUUAUGACCGGGGUGGACUGGCAAAAGGGGGGAGCGGUCAUGAGGUAAUUUUGAACGAAAGGGGGGGCACCAAAAAUAUUUGUUCAGAAAGGGGUCUAGUUAUUUUAUUAUAGUGGGGGGAAAUUUGACAUGUAACGAUUAUUGUUACUGCAGGGAGCGAGUAAGGCAGCAAAUGUAAUUCAGGUAGUUGGCAAAAUUCUCAAUUUUAAUCAACAGAUCCAGACCGCCCUUUUCUCCCGAAACUUAGUAUGACAGUGCUAAUCAAUCACAAAAAGCUUUAUUAUCAUGAUUGCACUUCAGAAUUUAGUUUUUAACAUUGAAGUUCAAAUAAGGUAAAAUCCUUCGACCACCUCCCCCAACUUUAGAUGCUUUGCUACGUCCCUGGCUAUAUACACUAGUAUAUACUAAGUAUUUUAUACAUGGUUUAAUUUAGUAAUGUGUGCUAUAAUAGAGAAUAUACCUUGUGGUGUAGAAAAUACACUGAAACUGGAUUCUAAUUUUUAAGUCAGAAUUUUUUAUCAAAAUUCUUCUGGCCAGACUAAAGUCGGUUCUGAUUAAAUAGGCACAUUAAUUAUUGAAGGCACAAGUAAAUGUAAUAUGAUGCCUGGCCAUGUGUCUAUAGCCGUGCUUACACUACUAAGCCUGGCCUAGGCCUACCUUUGGACUAUCUUUAUGUAGUGUAAACGUACUUCGGCCUGGCCUAGGUCAGGAAUCUCGGCCUAUCAGAACAGGUGUUCCAAAUUUCCUUACCUAGGCCAGGCCGAAGUGCGUUUACACUACAAAAUCUAGUCCAAAGGUAGGCCCAGGCCAGGCUUAGGCUCGUAGUGUAAAUACGGCUUUAACAUCGUGGUGGUUGUGGUGGUGGUGGCGGUGGCGGUGGCGGUGGCGGUGGUGGUGGUGGUUGUGGUGGGUGGGGUUACUAUUUUUUUAGAAUUCAUGUGAAGAAGUCAUUGUGAUGCAUUUUUUUGUGAUGCUGUGGCAGGACAUUUUGUUUCAUUAUUUAAAUUGUGCCGGCCUACCCCCGGUAAUAAAUACUGAAUGGUCCCUAAAGAAUUUUGCAAAUGUUUAGAAUCUGAUCCACAAUCAUUUGCCAUUUCAAACUAAAUGUUGGACCUACAGUAUCAACUUUUUAAAAGCAAACUUUCAAACAUUUGACAACAAUAUUCGUUUUCACUUUCAGAUAAGGAUUCAUCCGAUGCUUCCAUAUGGAAUCAUGGCAUUCUUCUGUUUACAGUCUUCUUUCGUCGCCAUGUUCCUGCCCGAGACAAACGGCCAGCCCACUCUGGAGACUAUCCUAGAUAUGAAACCGAAAUCAGUACCGACAUUGAACGAAAAUGGACAAGAUGAUUGCAUUCAGGAGGAAAAACUUGAACUAGUUUCUUUCUAAACAAUAUAUUGUCACGGCUAUCACUCUUUUCAAGGUUUACUGGUAUAUAUCUAGCUGGUGAUGGUAAAAGAUGGCUGAAUACCAUGCACCAUUUUCUUUUUUCUGCAUUCCGACUAAUUCGCUUUCAAUAGAAGUAAACGAAAAUCGGAAUAGUUUAUGUCAGUGUAGGUAGCGACUGCAACGGCUGCGGAUUGAGAGAAAUACAGGAGAACUUCGAUGUUUUCAGCGAAGGCCAUUCGUCUCUACUUCGAAGUUCUGAAUGUAUUUUUCAGGUAGCUGUUACCUUAUUAUUAACUUUCAGCCCCACCCAAGAAAUAUUACUGACAUAUUGUAGGUGGACUGUAUUAUUAUGCUUAUAGUACUCAUUUUCUGUCCGAUCGGAUAGUAAGGUUUUCGUUUGCUGAUUUGAAUAGAAUUCUUAACCAAGCAUAACGUAAUUAGGAAUUCUAUUCAAGUAAUUUUGCAUGCGUAAUUAAGAUAUUUGAUGAAAACACUAAUGACUUUCAUCAAGUUUCACAGGGUUAUCCAAAUGGCAUCUUGUGAUCAAAUAGGUGAUUAUCAUUGGCUGAAUUGCUCAUGAGUUAUUGAUGAAUUUGAGAAGUCCUUAUAUAAAAUGUCUAAAAUGGGCAACAAUGAAAAAUAUAUAUAUGGAAUUAAAACCGGCAGACGGUUUUUCUACGCAGGCUAUAUCUUGGAUGAUGUUUUAUCAUUCGAAGUGGCUAAAGGGAUAUUAGAGGAUUGUUAUAGGAUUUUAUAAGGGUAAUUAGGGUUAGGGUUAUAAGGACAUUUAGGGUUAUUUUUGGGUUAGGGCUAUUUGUGGAUAUUUUCAUAUCAAAACUCUUGCUUAAUGGCAAGCAAGAAUCGAAUAACUUUCUUGCUCGAUUGAAUUUAAUAUUCCAUGGACGAAUAUAAUUUAAAUACAAUUUAGUCCUGAAAGUCUUUCCUAACUUGAUAUGUUGGUUACAAAAGUUAAUGGUGCGUUUCAUACUGAUGUGUAUUUAAAACCUAUUGAUGCACAUCAAUAUUUGAAUUUUUGAAAUCUUGCCAUUCGCCCCACAUCAAGCGAGGAUACAGUAUUAAUGGUUUGCAAUGAAUCCCUUAAUUUUAAUUAAGAUUGAUUAAAGGAAUACCGAAUGGUUUCCGUGCAGGAUUGCGCGUGAUCCAUGCACGAGGGAUGUCGCGAGACUUUCGGAAAGCGUAAAAAUACUCCAGCCGCAGGCGAGGGUAUUUUUACGCUUUCCGAAAGUCGGGCAACAUCCCAAGUGCAUGGAUCAUGCUAUCCUGCUUGGAAAACCAUUUGGUAAUUGUUUUAUAAAAUAACUACAGUGAAGCAAUGACAUUUUGAGAAUCCCGUGAAGGCAUUUUGAUUCCUCGUGCAGGAUAGCCUGAUCCUGCACGGCUAUUGAGCAAUCAAAUUGCGUGUUUCACUGUAGUUAUUAUAUAAAAGAGCGUUCAUGUUGGAGGACCACACACACCAAAUACUAAUGAUAUUCUUUUGUUGGCGUUCCUCCAAGAAUGGCGAACCUUUGAGACUAAAGCGGAUUUGUAGUAAGAAAAAUAAUUUAGAGAAAAGAUUGGGAGAGCUUAAAGGUCUUUUAGUUAAACGAGGAUAUGACGGUGAUUUUGUAGCUGAUCAAUUUAGCAGGGUGUUAGCAGGGAUUUAGGAUUUAUCUCUAUCAGUCUUUGUGUGACAUAAGCAAGCAUUGUCAGACACCUCAUUCUAUAUUUGUUUCAUAUAUAAUUUGUAUUCGCAUUUGCUGUAGUUUAUCGUAUAUUUGUAU